UCUGCGUAUAAAAUGCCACACCCUUUAGGAUGGGAUGAUCGAGAGCAUUGAAGCAGCUUCGCAGUAACCCAAAGCUCUGCAAGCACCAUGGCUGCGUCUGUGACCGUGCUCUGGCUGGUGGCUGCUUUUCUGGGAGGAGCUUUCUCCCUGACUUGCUUUCACUGUAGCACUGCCACUGGAGACUGUAACGUAAAUGAGAAGCCCUGUCUAGCACCGCAAGACACGUGUAUUACUACGCUCACCGAAAUUCAGCAAGACAAACCAAAGCUGCCCAUCAAACAACUGGUGAAACUAUGCGGAGAAAAGAAGUUCUGCAAUCAAAGUUACAGCAUGUCUUUCAACAGCACCAAGUUAUAUGCGUCAAACACAUGCUGCGAUAAAGACAAGUGCAAAACAAACAUGCCUUUAAUUGAAGAUCCAAAAAAGGAGAAGGACAAGGAGAACACCCUCAGUUGCCCUUUCUGCAUCGAAUCUCCGACAACUAAGUGUAACGAUGGAGACACAGCCAAGUGCUACGGAAAAGAGGACAAAUGUGUGAGCUUCACGGCUAAAGAAGUGAACUCAAGCAAAAUCUCUAAAUGGAAGGGAUGCGCGACAACUAAUGUGUGUUCAAUGAGUACUGUGGCCACUCUGCCAAUAAGCCACGUUGGCCCGAUAAAGUUCGAUUGCAGCCACGCUCCGUCUCUGCUGCCCGGACUGUUACUCCCCGUGGCAUUCGGCCCAGCCAUGCUGAAGCUCCUCUUGUAGUCGCCAUCUGAGGGGACGUCGUCUGGAGACCCGAUCCUUCCCCCCGGGGGGCUGGACCAGCCACGAUGCAUUGCAGAGAUGUUUUCCGACCGUCUACACGCAGGGCAAUGCAUGUUUCUACACUGUAUAUUUCCAGAGCCAUGUCUAUCUAUAUAAAAGCUCCGAUUAAUUUAUGUAUGUAUGUUCAUCAUGUGCAGAAUUAAUAUUUACCUAUAUCCACAGGCAGAAAACAAACAAAACCCAAACCUUGUAUAUCUCAUACACAACAAAAAAAAAAAAAAAAAAAGGG